AUGACUGAUCAAAUAACUCGGAACCCAAAAGGGAACACACCUCCCGCCGCUCUUCGUAUCACUCGGAAAAUCUGGAGGUGGAGCAACCACCGGAACCUUAAGCGGCGCCGAGAACUGCGAGAACUGCGCGUGCGCUGUUGGAGGAGCCGCGCCCCGCCUUUCCCUGCUCGGAAGUCCCUCUUUACGGUGACAACAACUAUGGCGGCUGCCGGUGGUAGAUUUGAAAGUGCGAAGAGUAUUGAGGAGCGUAAAGAACAGACCCGGAUCGUCAGGGCCGAGGUGCUGCGUCAGGCUAAAGCCAAUUUUGAAAAAGAAGAAAGACGUAAAGAACUUAAGCGACUUCGGGGUGAGGAUACAUGGAUGCUACCUGAUGUGAAUGAGCGAAUUGAACAAUUCUCACAGGAACACUCUGUGAAGAAAAAGAAGAAAAAAGACAAACACUCAAAAAAAGUAAAGAAAGAGAAGAAAAAAAAGAGCAAGAAACAGAAAUGUGAAAAAUACAAUGAGUCAUCUGACAGUUCAUCAAGCUCUGAAGAUGAGUGGGUUGAAGCUGUUCCACCUCAGACUCUUGGCAAGGAAAAGGCCUGGAGAGUGAAAGGUGAAAAGUCAGAACAAAAAGAUGACGACCAAGUUAUUCAGAGGGACGAAUGGAUCACUGUUGAUUUUAUGUCUGUUAAAACUGUGUCAUCAUCAUCACUCAAAGCUGAGAAGGAAACAAUGAAGAAAAUAGAGCAAGAGAAAACUCAAGCACUUGAGCAGUCCAAACUCCUGGAAAGAGAAUUGAAUCCAUAUUGGAAGGAUGGUGGGACAGGUCUUCCCCCAGAAGACUGUAGUGUAUCAUCGAUUACUAAAGUUUCAGUGGUAGAAGAUGGUGGAUUGAGCUGGCUAAGGAAGUCUUACCAAAGAAUGAAGGAACAAGCUGAGAAACAAAACCGAAAUUUUGAGGAUGUUGUAGCUGAAAGAUACGGGUCAAUGGAAAUAUUUCAGUCGAAAUUAGAAGCAGCUGAAAAAACUGUAUCUACAAAAGAAGAUUAUAGACGAGAACAGUGGAAGAAACCAGCAUUUUCAGAUAAAGCACAAAAUAGUCAAGAAAGUAGAAAAUCAGACUUAGUAAAACAUAACAGUUCAAGGGAUAGAUACACUACAAUGGAUAUUACAAACAACAGCAAUAAAGGGAAGUUUAGUGGUGAUGAAAAAGGUAAGAAAUCUGAAUCUUUAGAAACAUGUAGAAGAGAAUCCAACCCAUGGGAGAGUCAAGAGUUUUCUUCCCUUGGAAAUCUGAGACCUAAGUUUUUAAGACCCUCUGAUGAUGAUGAACUAUCAUAUCACAGCAAGGGCAGAAAUUUUGAACCAGCUAGUUCAUCUUCAGCAUUGGUAGCUCGGGGUUCUUCACAUUGUGGUUUUCGAAAACCUACUGAGGUGAGUGAAGAACGUUUAACAUCGUGGAGUCAGUCUGAUGGAACAGGAGACAAGAAACAUUCAAAUGAAAAGUCACUGGAAACCAGCAGCAGUGUUGAAUACCGGCACAUUCCAGAAGAUGCGAGAGAAAAAUCACAAGGCAGAAGCUUGAGAGAUGAAUAUCUGCGGGAUGCAAAGUCUACAUCUGCAAGUCCAGAAGAUGGGUCUGUCCACAUCCUGAGUGUUGAUGAGAAGAACAAGUUGGGAGCCAAGAUUAUCAAGGCAGAGAUGAUGGGGAAUAUGGAAUUAGCUGAACAGCUUAAAUCUCAACUAGAAAAGGCAAAUAAAUUCAAAGAAACUAUAACACAGAUAUCAAGAAAAUCUGGAGAAGAGAAUGAAGACGAGCAAGAAGUGAUCCUUGUUAGAACAGAUCAGUCUGGAAGAGUAUGGCCUGUGAACACACCAGGAAAAUCUCCGGAACCAAAAGGAGGAAGAAGAAAGAGACAGAUGGUUUCAACCCAUGAGGAAAAAGAAAGGGUCAGAUACUUUCAUGAUGAUGAUAAUCUAAGCCUAAACGAUUUAGUCAGAAAUGAAAAGAUGGGAACAGCAGAAAAUCAAAACAACCUUUUUAUGAGAAUGGCAUCUAAGUUUAUGGGAAAAGCAGAUGGAGACUAUUAUACUCUGGAUGACAUGUUUGUCUCCAAAGCAGCCGAGAGAGAAUGUCGCAGCGAAGAAGAGAAACAGAGGAGGAAAGCUGUUGCUGAGCAUCGGAAUCUUGCUGCACAGAUGGAGAAAUGUCUGUAUUGUUUUGACAGCUCUCAGUUUCCCAAGCACCUUAUUAUUGCAAUAGGACUUAAGGUUUACUUAUGUUUACCCAACUCCUGCUCUCUCACUGAGGGCCACUGCCUGAUAGCCCCUUUGCAGCACCACAGAGCAGCUACUUUAUUGGAUGAAGACAUCUGGGAGGAAGUUCAGAUGUUCAGGAAAUCAUUGGUAAAGAUGUUUGAAGAUAAAGGAUUGGACUGUAUCUUUUUAGAAACUAAUAUGCGUACCAAGAGACAGUCCCACAUGGUUUAUGAAUGUAUUCCUCUCCCAAAGGAGGUGGGAGAUAUGGCUCCUAUCUAUUUUAAGAAAGCCAUAAUGGAAUCUGAUGAAGAAUGGUCCAUGAAUAAGAAGUUGAUUGAUCUCUCUUCAAAAGACAUCAGGAAGUCUGUUCCCAAAGGCUUACCUUAUUUCUCUGUGGAUUUUGGCCUCCGAGGAGGGUUUGCCCAUGUCAUUGAAGAUCAGCACAAAUUUCCUCCAUACUUUGGAAAGGAAAUCAUUGGUGGGAUGUUGGAUAUAGAACCAAGACUUUGGAGGAAAGGAAUCCGAGAAAGCUUUGAGGAUCAGAGGAAGAAGGCGCUACAGUUUGCUCAGUGGUGGAAACCAUAUGACUUCACCAAAAGUAAAAAAUGUUGAGGCCUAACUUUCAUUUUUAAUUUUCUCUUCAGAUCCUGUUCAGUUUUAUUUCCAUUAUAUAUCACUAAACACUUGACCCUCGGAUCAUAGAAAGAGAUUGACAGCAGCAGACUGCUCUGGGUUCCUGACAACUCAUGCAGUUGUAGUGUUUUCUUCCCCACCUGCUCCUAAAGACUUCAUUCAUUUCACUGACUUCCACAUGUGUCUGUGUAUGUGUACAUUGGACGGCCUGCUCACAUUCCUGGUCUGUCCAUACUUGGUGUUCUGAACUAGUCAGUUAAUUUAGAAAAGGGCUUUUCUGGAGGAGUAUUUAGGAGCCUAGAAAAAUCCUUGGUUCAGAGAGAAAUGGGUCUGCUUCAAGGUUAAGUCUGUUGCUUGGCAUGUUUUAGAAUAAGACAGUAAUAAUUGAAAUUUUUUCCAUUUUAUAGAAGAGAUCUUAGCGUUUUAUAGAACAGAUCUUAAUUUUCUACUUGCAGCAUAUAGUAUCACCACUGUUCUUUUUGUUAAAGGGAAAAGAAUGUCUCAAAGUAUUAAAAAAUUAAAUAAUAGUAAAAGUAUAAAAUAUUCAUGAUUCAAGUUUGUUUUUAUUUCUGGAGUUUUAAAUAGUAUCUUUGAAUUUUGGUGGACUUAAAAAUAAUUGUUUCAAAAAAAUAAUUGUUUCAAAUAACACAAUUUAAGGAUGUUUGGGGUUGAUAAGAAAGUUUAAAUUUGUAGCCAUAUCAUUUUUGAAUGGUAUUGAUUAUCACAAAAUCUUUAGUAAUGAGAAUAUUCUAAACUCUGGGAGUUCUGUUGUCCUUCAGUCUAUCCCAGGUACUUAGUUUUUAUUUGUUCUCAAUGCUUGAUGUAAAGAGAAAACCCUAUCCUUUAAAAAUACGACUAUGGUGUAAGAGUGCCCCUGUUUUUUUUUAAUAUGGAAGAUACUGUUAUAGUAACUUUUUUCAAACAUGUUGGUCUUUUUGGAGUGUAAUCUUGAACUUUUGUCAUAAAACAUUGAAUACUUAGAGUCACUAUGAACCAUAGUCCAGAGUUACUCAUAACUCGACACAUUUUAUUAUUUUCUUUCUUUUUAAUUUAUUUCUUUUUUAUUAAAUCAUAGCUGUGUACAAUAAUGCAAUCAUGAGGUACAAUGUGCUGGUUCCAUAUACAGUCUGAAAUAUUUCCACCGAACUGGUGAACAUAGCCUUCAUGGCAUUUUCUUAAUUAUUGUGUUCAAACCCUUAUACUCUUCACUUAGUAAAUGUUACCUGCACCCUUCCCAGGACACAUUUUAUUUUUAAUAUCAGCAUUUCAUUACUUCCUUAAUAUGUUAAAAAGUGAAAUGUUUAUGUUCUAUAUAUAGUUUCUCUAAUUUCACAGGUAAAUUGAAAUAAAUGGUUUCAGGUUUCAGUAUUUUCA